AAUGCAGUCAUUGACAUUGAACCUUAAUUGUGUACCAACCUUCAGCGGGCCGGAUUAAAAAGACCAACGGGCCGGAUUUGGCCCGCGGGCCAGAGUUUGCCCAUUCAUGAUACAUGUCUCACCUCUGAUACAUACUCAGCCAGCACCAUUUUUGACAUGUGAUAUGGGAGACUUAGGAUUACAAAUGUUUUCCUGCUCAUCAAUCUAUUUAAUUACUGCUUUUUGCCUUGCAGAUGCUUACAGUUUUAUCUGCAACAAAUUAGUCUGUUUCUUUUGACGACAUUUAACACGCCUACGGAUGCUCGUGGAGAAGAAAGGAGGUAGGACAUCAAAACAGGAGGGGGGGUGGUAUGAUGCAUGUUUUUUUUUCUGGUGGUUGUGAGGAGGCUGUGCCUAACUUGUCGAGUGCAUAAGAGGCUCCCUGUGCGCGACCCUCUCAGCAUUCAUGACCAGAGUGCCAGGCGAUCCAACUAUUGUAAGUUUGUCCGUGUGUCGUCGUGUCGAGAAAGUGGGAGAGAGAGAGAAAGAGUGGGGAGGGAGGGUAUUGCAGCUUCUUCUGAAAUCAUUUCUACCUACAGCUGCUGACACCCGUGGGUUGAGGCCCACUGGAGCUUUUUUUUAAAAAAAAUACUUCCACUCUUCUCUUCAAAUCUGAAUUUUCAUCAAGGGAACUUGGCAGGAUUUGCACAGGGUUUGUUUAAGCCGUGGGAGCCAGCGUGAGUAUCAUCAUGGCCAUGUCCCACGAGAGGAUUGUGCGUCUGGGGCUCUGGGUGCUCCUCUUGCUGGGAGCAGGCACGGUUGUGGACGCAUGCAGCUGCCACCCAGCUCACCCACAGCAGCUCUUCUGCAGCGCCGAGACGGUGAUCAGGGCGAAAAUUGCCGGGGAGAAGAUUGUGUCGCCUAGCAACAGCUCCUCCCCCUACAUGAAGAUGAUCCAGUAUGAAAUAAAGAUGAUCAAGAUGUUCAAAGGGUUCGACAAGGCCAAGGAUAUCCAGUAUGUGUACACCCCAGUCUUCUCCUCGCUGUGUGGAGUCAAAUUAGACUCCAAUAACAAAGCAGGGUAUCUGCUCUCAGGAAGCAUGUGGAGCGACGGGCGGCUUUCCAUUGGUCAGUGUGACCUGGUGGAGUCCUGGGACAAUUUAUCACUCUCACAAAGGAAAAAUCUCAACUACAGAUACCAGAUGGGCUGCGAAUGCAGAAUCAACGUGUGCUACACGGUGCCCUGUGCGUCCACGGGAGAAAAUGAAUGCUUGUGGACGGACUGGUUGCUGGAUAACAGCCUUAAUGGCGAGCAGGCGCGGCAGUACGCAUGCAUUCGUCGCUCCGACACAACCUGUGGCUGGUACAGGGGUGGCCAUGCCCCAGAGAAAGACUUCCUGGACAUGACUGACCCUUAACCGUCUCAAGAUUCCAUCUCCGUCUGACUCCUGUCAUGCCUCCAGUCAGAGGGAUGUCCUGCUUUGGCCCGUAUAGCUGAAAUAUGGAUGAUUUAUGCAUAACGGCAUGCAAAAGGGCUGAUAUCAUUUCUGAAAGAGCUCCCACUACCAGAUGGAUGCUGCGGCAAUGCUAAUUAAAGUUUCAUUGAAUAAUCGUUACAAAGCGCUUUUAAAAAUGUGCAGAGGCAUUAGGAAAGCUUGGCAUUACCGUUGACCAGGAUUUAUACAUUAAUUCCGAGAACAGCUUGGUUUAAUUUGCUUUAUAUUGCAAUAUCGAAAUAUCAUGAUGCAGAAAAACAAGUGGACGCGUUUGUGAUCUCUAGGCUGAAUUAUUUCCCCUCUCUAUGCUCAGUCUGCUGUUGCUGCUGCAGCAAAAAAAAGCCUUGAACCACCAGCUGGUUAGGUUUGGUGCUGCUGGAGUGCUGAUUACAAAAAGAAGAUAUUACAUUCCUCUUGUUCUAGCUUCACUAUACUAAUUUAGAACAGAAUCAAAAAAAUCACAAAAUAUGCAACAGCUGCUGCUAAAACAAUUAUGCUGCCAAUGAACAUUAAAAACAAAAUUACUUCAGAAAUCUAUCUGCUUGCUUCUGCAAUAGAUUAUAUUGACCAUCUAUAGUCAGUCAAAGUCUCUAAAAGAAUAGCUAACAAUAACACCGCUGCUUAAGUAUUGAUUCGUCCUGCCCAAAUUGCCUCAGCAAUAUUCUUGCGUUUGAGAAACCUACGACAGCCUUAAGCUUCCAGAGGCUUAACAUAAUAAUUUUGCAAAUUUUACUACGACUUGCUGCUAAAACAAAUACUGUGCUGCCAUUGGACAUUGCAGAAAUUGCCUCAUAAAUCUGCUUGCUUUUCUUCAUACGGUAUUAACUCUGGAAAGUCACACGGACCAGCUGGUUCCGAGUGCUGCCGCUCAAGUGCUGAAUACAACAAGGACAAGAGCUCCAAUUUAGAAUAGAAUCUAAAAUGCAUCUUGUCAUCCUAAAAGCUGGUCAGAGCUUGUGGUCCCUUAGCAACUACAGUACUAUGUUCGCAGAGCCUUUAAAAGUCAUUUUCUGAAAAUUAGGUUGCAGCUGCCGCUAAAACAAUCACUGAUCAGCUACUGAACAUUGCAAAUGUCAAUUACCUAUCCCACAAAAACAAAUGAAUGUUUGUCUGACUUCUGGGUUCGAUUUUUGAAACUCUCGAUGUUCAGGCAGCGGCAACAAGUCUCAAAAGACCAGCAUUUGUAAAGUCAUUUUUUGUAAACAGCUGCUAUUUGCAAAAUUGAAAUGUCCUGUUGCAGAAAAUCCAUUACAUACUUUUAUGACCUCCAGGCAGGAUUAUUUUCACUCGCGUUGGCAGGCUGCUGCAGUCUCUAAAGUCUCUUCAGCUGGUUCAGAAAGCUGCUGCUCAAGUCAAAUUUGCCAUCAACCGUCUUAAUUGCAUGAACUCCUAGUAAACAUAUGAAUCGCAUUUUAAACACUUCUUGUCAGCUCAAACCACUAAAUGCACUCCCAGAGCUUUUUAAAAGUAUUUUUUUUUCGCAAAUGGCUAUAGGGUUGCUGAUAGCACAGCCGCUGCAAAUCACAUGCAAAUAAUUUAUCUUAGAGUGAGUCCUCCUCUCAUCAUUUGCAUGCGACUGACAGUUAACACAUUCAGUGUGGCAGCAAGGUUAUUAGUCAUGUAAAAAUGUCAGGCAUUGAUCUGAUUUGCAGAGAGAAUUUCAAGUGGGCCGCAAUUAGUGCCAGACUCAUUAACUACGGUUACAAUGGAACUUCCCCAUGCAAAUAAAAAUGUGUGUAUAAAUAGAAAAUCCAAAAUAGGAAAUAUGUAUGACAACAAUUCCGGUGAUUGUAAAUAUUGUACUUCAUUGAACAUUAAAAUGUUUGACACUAACGGCAUUUACUUUUAGAGCUUUCAUAUACAGAUAGAUGUGACGUAAAUUUAACAUCUUUCAAGCAUUUUCAUUUCAUGAUGUUUGCGAUUAAAUGUCUUGACACUUCAAAAGAUAACAGUAACCGCACAUUCCGUCAACUCCCUGAUCUGGUUAGUGGUUUUAUAAAAAAAUACAGUAUGGCUCAUUAACUGUCACACCUGAGCCACCAAUGAAGUAUUACAGCUCAGUAUGCUAAUUUUACAAAUAUAUAUCGUUGCAUGAUUUGUUUGGCAUGCAUUAAUUUUUAACACUAAAUGAUUAUCAUAAACUGGAUGGUGUUAGUGAAGUGCCAUGAAACAAUGCAUGUUUUAUACUGAAGAAAUUGUUGCGGAUUUGUAUUUAUGCCUGUUUUUGUCAAAAUAGUGCUGUUUUUGUUUUGUAUUUCCAUGUACCAAAAAAAGAUUGUAUAUAAAAUGUUGAAAUGGAA